CUAUGACUACAAUUAACUAGAAUAAUACAUAUUUUUAAGUUUAGUGUGGUUAGGUAUAUAAAAGAAUUUAAAGUUUCAUUUUCAACAAAACUUAAAUAUUGUUACAUAUGUCAAACUCUCAAAACUUAUUUAUUCAAAAUAAUUCAAAUGUAAUCAUAAUGGAAAAUAUUUUUCAUAUUGCAGAUUGUUGUCGUGCAUGUCUCCGAAUAGAGUGCUCACUAACGCCUACAACGACGUUAGAUAACGAUUCUGUAAAGUUUUGCGACAAAUUACACGCUUGUGUUUCUGAAGUUGCCUGGAUGAAAGAAGGACUGCCCUCUCUUAUUUGUUCAACUUGCAUAGAAAGAUUGCGUGCAGCCUAUGAUUUUCGAAAUGUUUGUUUACAAUCAGAUCAGACCUUACAGAAGUAUGUAAGUCAUUUGCAACAUGAUUUUAAGGAACCCAUGCAAAAUAACCAACAACCUUUAACAGUGUCAAAAUUUGAUCUCUCAUUGCUAUCACAAAAUCAAGAAAAUUUGCCCUGUAUAGUUGAGGAGCCGCAGAAUGCAGAGUAUUUACAUUUAAAACAUUUUUUGGAUAAUGACGAGGACUUAUCUAAAUCAGAUAAUUUAGCUGAUGCUACAACAUCUAGAAGUAGCAGCCCAGAAGCAGUUAGAGUAGUCAGUAGUUUCUUGCAUGAACCUCAACAGUUGCCAGAACAACAGCCACAGCAGUUACUUCAUCAAACAUUUCAUCAUCAGCAACAUCAACAUGCUCACCAGAGUCAGCAAACACAUUUGUCACUUGAAGAACAGCAGCCACAGCAUCCUCAAAUUCAUCUUACUCAACAGCCAAUUCAUAAUCAAUCUGAUCAACAACAAAUACAGCCAGCAAACCAACAACAGCAAUUUGAUAAUGUUCUGCAACAUCCACAUAUUUUGCACAACCAAUCAAUUGGUCAAAUAAAUCAAGACUCUGAGGUAAAUGUAAACCAGACUAGAGAUCAAGCUAAACAUGAGUCAAAGGCACCAAAGCAAGUUAUAAUGCGUACGAUGGGAAUCCAGGUACGUCCUCUGACACCAUCAUCCUUACAAGCAGACGGAAAGAACAUGAAAAUGUUUACUUGUACAAUUUGUGGGAAAAGUUAUAGGAAAAAUGCAAAUUUGAGGGUCCACACGCGAAUUCAUACGGGGGAAAAACCGUUUGAAUGCAAAUACUGUGAUAAACGUUUUUACCAUUCUUCCCAUCUCAGAGAGCACAUUCGAAGGCACACAGGAGAGAAGCCAUUUCAGUGUGCAAUUUGCAAUAAACGAUUUACUAUAAGAGGUGAACUGACAAUGCAUAUGAAGUCUCACACGGGGGAGAAGCCGUAUGCAUGUACAUGUUGUAAUAGGCGAUGUCUUACUGCAGCUGAUCUUAAGCUACACAUGCGCAUUCAUACAGGCGAGAAGCCAUUUAUGUGCAACACGUGUGGACGACAUUUUGCUAGCACAUACAUUCUUAAUGCUCACAUUAAAACGCAUACAGGCGAGCGGCCCUACAGUUGUCUCAUUUGCAAUAAAACAUUCACGCAGUCUUCUCAUCUGCAAGUUCACAUGCGGAAACACACAGGUGAGAAGGUAAGUUGUAAAGUUUGUGACGCAAAAUUUUCUUAUUCGUCGCAACUGACGAUUCACAUGCGUGAACAUACGGGUAAGCAGCCUUAUAAGUGUACUUUGUGCGAUAAAAAUUGUAAAUAUGCGUCAGAAUACGAGACGCAUAUGCGCAAACACACCGGUGAGAAAUUUAGUUGCAAUAUUUGCGACAAGAAAUUUAUGACUGCAUCGUACCUGCAGGAACACAAUAGGACGCAUACAGGUCAAAAUCUGAGCACGUGUGGUAUCUGUGAUAGACAGUUUACAAGACCGACGUACCUGGAAAAGCACAUGCGUACUCAUACUGGUGAAAGACCAUAUGCGUGCGUUACGUGUGGUAAAAAGUUCACGCAGUCCUCAUCUCUUAAAGUUCAUAUUCGGAUUCAUACCGGGGAAAAACCUUUCCAAUGUCAGAUUUGCGAUCGACGGUUUACAACGUCUUCUGACCUGUCCUCGCACAGUAAAAAACAUGACAAAAAGUACAUUAGUUUGUAGACAUUCCCCAUCGGUUAAGGAUGUAUGGUACAUAUUUUUAAAACACCGAUAAGUGGAUGAAAAUUUCCUGUUAUUCUUUAUACAACUCUUUUAUUUCCGUAUCUUGCUCCUACACUUUUUAAGCAUUUUUGUCAUUUUUCCCCGUUUAACGUUAAUAAUUUUAACAAGAAAAUUUAUCCAAUUUUUUAUUUUUGAUUGUUUAAUAAAAUUAAAUGUUUAAAUUAUUCAGCAGUGUCUAAUGUAGAAGUUUGUAUUGUUCCUAAAAAACACAAAAAAGUUUCUACUAUUCAGUAUGCAUAUGAAGUUAUGAAGAUUAAGAUUUUUUACUAAUUUGCCAUACAACCUUAAGCGACACUACAGCUUUAUUAAUUAAAUGUAGGUGGAGCUCUGUUUGAAUUUUUGUAGUUAAUUUUUUAGUUUAAAGAGCUUUAAUAAUGUCGAUAGUCGCAUAAAAAUAUUUAUUGAGCUGCUUUAGAUAGGUAUAAAAAUAUUUUUACACUUUGAGAAAAAUAAUUGUUGUAGUCAGCAAUGAUUCUACAACGUGCGAUUGUGAAAACU